GACCCGCGGAAACCAGCGCGGCGCCGGCAGCAGCCCGUGCUCCCCCAGCCCCGGGCACGGCCGGCCGCCGAGGAUUAGCGCCGCAAAAUGGCGGCGGCGCCCUCCCGCCCGCCAUCGGCGGCCCCGCGCCGCCAGGAAGCCGGCACCUGUCCCGUCAGCCCGCCGCCCGCCCUGCCGCCCUCGCCUUCCUCGCUGCCGAGGGAGACCCCGCAGACGCGGUUUUAAUCGCCUUGUAGCUCAGAAACAAUGACAGUCAUGUCCCAUUCAAAGGAUCUCAAGGACGACUUCCACAGUGACACUGUACUUUCCAUUUUAAACGAACAGCGCAUUAGGGGUAUUUUAUGUGAUGUCACCAUCAUUGUGGAAGACACCAAAUUUAAAGCCCAUAGUAAUGUGCUGGCAGCUUCAAGCCUUUACUUUAAAAACAUUUUUUGGAGUCGUACUAUCUGUAUUUCAGGUCAUGUACUGGAGCUAGAUGAUCUCAAAGCUGAAGUGUUUACAGAAAUACUGAACUACAUCUACAGUUCCACAGUAGUUGUUAAGAGGCAGGAGACUGUAACAGACCUUGCAGCUGCAGGGAAAAAAUUGGGAAUAUCAUUUCUCGAAGAUCUUACAGAUGUUAAUUUUUCAAGCUCCCCCUGCCCCUAUGCAUACUGCAUCAAUGAGAAAGGGACUGUUAAAGAGGAAAAACAUGAAAAGAGACACGAAGAAUCUGCUGUGACAAAUGGACCACGAAUUACAAAUGCAUUCUCAAUUUUUGAAACUGAAAACAGUUUGUUUUCUCCACUUGAUUUGAGGGCAAGCUUUAAAAAGGUAUCUGAGACAAUACAAACACCCAACAUCAGCCUUGACAGACGUGACGCUUGCAAAGAUGCCGAGCCAGCCAGUACACUGGCAGAGCACUCCUACGCAGUUUCUUCAGGGGGAGAUACUUUUCAAGGAACACCGUGUUUUGAACAGGACAGCAGCCCUUCAUACAAGACGGUUGAAGACCACUAUGAAAACCACCAAGCAACACCACUCGUUCAGCCAGUAAAACAAGCAUGCAGUACUCCUAAGGCAGCUUUCAAGUCCCAAGGGACUGGUUUGGCUGUAGCAAAAGCACCAGCCUCUACAGUGACCAGCACAGAAACCCCAUGUGAAGCAGUUAAUGGCCAGAGAAUUAUUUCCUUUCCAAAACCUCAGAAUAAAGCAGGAGAUUUCCAUUUGCCCAGAGAAGAGGAAAACAAAUCUGCUAAUGUCUCUGGAUCUGCAGCAACUGUUGUUCCACCUGCUUACAACUGUACCUGCUGUGCAAAAUCAUUCAGUGACAGGGCGUUACUCAGUACUCAUCUUCAGCUCCACUCAGAGCAUCAGGAAACUUUCGUAUGCAAAUACUGCAGCAAGCAAUUUGCAAAUCUAAAUAUACUGGAAAGUCAUGAACAAGUCUGUAUGAGAUCAAGUAGCUUAUCUGUUCACAAUGGAAAUGAACAAAAUUUUUCAGAUAACUAUACUGCCACGGAUGGAAGGAAUGGAAGUUCAUAUGCAAACGCAGAGCCUGUAUUGUCUGAAAACAGCAUCACUGAUUAUUCUAAUGCAAACUGCACUUUACCAGAAACAGAUCAUUUGGUUAAAGUUGUUGAUGGGCAGAUAUUAUAUACUUGUAUAGUUUGCAAACGUAGUUAUGUAACAUUGUCAAGCCUUCGAAGACAUGCAAAUGUGCAUUCCUGGAGAAGAACAUACCCUUGUCACUACUGCAACAAAGUAUUUGCAUUAGCUGAGUAUCGCACCAGACACGAGAUCUGGCACACCGGAGAAAGACGCUAUCAGUGCAUUUUCUGCCUGGAGACUUUUAUGACUUACUAUAUUCUAAAAAAUCAUCAGAAAUCGUUCCAUGCAAUUGACCAUCGCCUCUCAGUAAAUAAGAAGACAGCCAAUGGAGGCUUAAAACCAAGCAUGUAUCCGUACAAACUUUAUCGUCUUCUACCUAUGAAAUGCAGGCGACUACCUUAUAAGUCCUUCCGAAAUUCUGCAUAUGAAAAUGUUCAAACAAGUAGCCAAGCUAAUGAAACUGCUUCUAGUAACUGCUUCAUUCAGAGUUCUCUUAGCUCUGAGCUACCAUCACUGAAUUUUCAAAGUAAUAUACUAUCAAACAACAGAACUCUUGCCCUGGACACCUCUUCAUGUAAUGAUGCAGCAUCUUCCACAAAUACUCAGAAUUCUUCCUCUUGGGGAGUAAGUAUCUUAAAUUCUGACCUGCAAAGAGACUUUUUCACAGCUGACAAAAGAGUUCCCACUGCCGCGAAUGACUCUAGUUCUCAUGAGUAUGAUUCCUCAAUUGUGUCUUUAACUAACGUGAAUGAAAAUUCAACCUCUGUAAUCAGUUACAGCAGUUCUGCACCCUCUGUUAUAAUGCACAGUAGCAGAGUUUCAUCGGUAAUAAUGCACAGUAAAACAGUCACUUCUGUAGAAAACAGUAAGACAGAAUCAUCUAGUAAUCUACCUAGUCAGUCUGUAAGUGAUGACAGUAAAUAUGGGUCAGAUAAUUAUGGAAAAUGCAUUACCAAACCAAAAACUAUUAAGGAGAAAAAGAAAACACUGCAGUGCACCAGAGCAGAAGCAACUGAGGAUACGCAGCACGUCCAAGGAUCUGGAGGUUCAUCUAGCAAAACCACUAAUACUGUUCAAGAAUCGAGUAAAACUGAAACUUACAUUGCAAAGCCUGCCUUACCUGGAACAUCUACUGACAGCAAUGUUGCUCCUCUUUGCCAAAUAACAGUAAAAAUUGGUAACGAGGCUAUUGUAAAAAGGCAUAUAUUAGGAUCUAAGCUGUUUUGUAAAAGGGGCCGCAAAUCUAAACACGAGUCCAAACAGGACAAUCUAAUUGAGGAAUCAGAAAUGGAGAUAAAGGAAGGAAGCCCAUCUAGGCUCUAUAGCUCAGAGUGCCUGGAGCUGACAGAAAUGUGUGAUGAUGUAAGUGAUCAGGACUCCAGUGAUAAGCCCUGGAGACCGUAUUACAAUUACAAACCAAAAAAGAAAUCUAAACAGCUAAGAAAAAUGAAAAAGACCAAAUGGAGGAAAAAGCAUGGAAACAGAAACACCGUUAUGGAAAGUCACAGUACAUGCAGUCGAGAGUAUGCACUCAGGAAUGCUCCUGAAGAAAAGGCUGUCAGUCAAGAAGAGAACACAGAAAUGCCCAGUCUUCACUGUGAGCUCUGUGAAAGAGAUAAAUCUUCCACCGCAGAAAUUCAAGACCACGUACACUGGCAUGUAGCUACUUCAAAGCCUUACAUUUGUGAAUUAUGCCAAAAACAAUUUCAAAGUCCAUCCACCUUAAAAAUGCAUAUGAGGUGUCACACUGGGGAAAAGCCCUACACCUGCAAAACCUGUGGGAAAUGUUUUUCAGUUCCUGGAAAUCUACAGAAACAUGAACGUAUUCACUUAGGUGUCAAAGACUUUGUCUGCCAAUACUGUAAUAAGGCAUUUACUUUAAAUGAAACGCUCAAAAUACACGAAAGAAUUCAUACUGGAGAAAAACGCUACCACUGUCAGUUCUGCUUACAGAGUUUCCUGUACCUUUCUACCAAAAGGAACCACGAGCAACGGCAUGUGCGUGAGCAUAAUGGAAAAGGAUACGCUUGCUUUCAGUGCCCCAAAAUUUGCAAGACGGCGGCUGCCCUGGGAAUGCACCAGAAGAAACAUCUAUUCAAAAGUCCAGGUCCACAAGAUAGAAAAGAACAGUUUUGCAGUGAAAGUGCUCAGCUGUUGGAAAAUCAACAUUUUCUUGGCCCGGAAGGAAGCGAAGUGAAAAAUAUACAAAAUGUAACUCCAGAAGUAAUACUCUGAGUGGCAGUUGUGCAAAAGAGAAGAAAAAUGCAAAAUUAUAUAUAUUGGAGAAAAUGUAGAUGCAUUGAAUGGGAAAACUCCACUCUAAUUAGUAUCAUUUACUAAGAUCGUGUCUUCAUUUAAACGUAUGUUGGUAUAUGCAAAAGGAGGAAAAAAUAUAAUACUGAAAAGAAUAACUAGUAUUUGCAAUAAUACAAACUUAAUGUGAAAGACCCAAAAUACUUUUACCACAAUAGACUUCUAAUGUACAUACAGAGAGAAAGAAGAAAAAAUUAUGACCAACCAACCCCUUUCUAGUUACUGUUACAAGAAACUAGCCAAUGAACUAUUUUACAGCGCGGAAUCAUUCUGGGCAAAAUAAAUAUGUAGGUUCAAAGUAUAUUCUAUAGGAGGAAUUUUUGCUGCAGAAACCAUGUAUUGCAAUUGUUUAAACAAAAAUUAAUGUGUUUAUAAAAGAAAAUGUGACUUAGUGUAUUCUGAAGUGAAGGUAGGAAAUGUUUCUUGAAUUUGGGUAUGCCGAAGUACAGUUGAGUUCUGGAGUGCUUUUCUGUAACUCAACAUUUACCAAACAUAUGCAGAAGCAUAAACCUCUUUUCCUUUUCAGAUUGUUUUGUAGUUAACCCUAAUAAGCAUUAAGUCUCUGAGAGCUUGUACAGAAAGUAUUCCAGAUGUAUGAUAUCUCUGAGACGUGUAAUAAAGAUUCAGUGGAACACAUAAUAGCCAGUCUUCCAAAUGGCAAAAAUUCCAAAAGAUUCAGCUGUCAGUGGCCUGGUAGAGCUUUUCAGUUGCAUCUGUCUAAAGAAAAUUGUUCUUCUGAAACAGCCUAGAUUAAAGAACUCGUGAAUAU